AUGUUUGGUUUUGCGGGCGAGUUGAAUCACCAAAUAGCUGCUCAUGAAGAAGGCUUGAAUGUGUUUGAAUUUGAUGACGAUGAUGAUGAAAUGAAGGAAAGUAGCAAUUCUCAUCGGAACCAACAAAAGCCUCAUGUAAAUAAUAUUGGUAAUAAUCAUGGACCAAAUACCACGGAAAGUGUGGAAGAGGCAUCCUGUCCCUCUGCUGUGGUUGCCAUGAUGAAUGAUUCAAGGCUUGAUAUUUUCAUGCGAGAUGAUCAUCAUCGGAAUGAAGAAGACGACGAUGAUGAUGAAGAGAAUGAUGAAGGAAUUGGAGAUAAACUGAAGAGUAACAACAAACCAUUGUUGGUAGAGAGGUCUCACUCUUCAACAUCUUCAACCCACGCUUCUUCUUCUGCUAGCUCAUCAGACCUGAACAAGAAUAUACCUUCCUAUCCUCCUCCAGUAUUUGACCCGUCGCUUCCCUCGUGUUGUACUUUGUUUUCGACAUUGUGUAAAUGCUUUGAGAAACUCUCGACAGCAACGAAACACAAACAAAAGAGCGAAAUUCUGGAUACUAUUUUCAUGAAAUGUCGCAAAGAUUUGUUUCAAUUUAUGAGAUUACUACUUCCUCAACUUGAUCGAGAACGAAUGACGUAUGGUCUUAAGGAGUCAAAAAUUGCAAAAUAUUAUAUUGAAAUAUUAGCAUUGCCUCAAACCUGUGAAGAUGCUUUGCGAUUGAAGAAAUGGAAAGAUCCUUCUAAGGGAACUGGUAAUUCUUUUUCUGAUAUUUGCUUUCAAGUUUUGCAAAAGAGAGGAUGGACUUCCUCAUCGAACCUAACUGUAUUUCAUGUCAAUGAAAAGCUAAGUCUUCUUGCAUCAUGCACUGACAAUGAUAAAAAGAAGAAAAUUCUUUUGGAUCUCUUGAAGAACACGUCAUGCUUUGAGCAAAAAUGGAUACUUAGAAUCAUUUUGAAAGAUCUAAGAAUUGGUAUUCAGCACACAACCAUUUUCAAACAAUUUCAUCCACAUGCUCUAGAGCUAUUCAACUCGUGUACCGAUCUUCGAGAGGUCAUUACAAAAUGUCUUGACCCUAAAUUUACCUCAACUGUUGAGCUGAGAGUUUUCACCAUGUUUACACCCAUGUUAGCGUCCCUUCUAACUCCUGCCAAGCUAACCGCGGAGCUCCCAAAAGACGAUUUUGUGAUUGAACCCAAAUACGAUGGUGAAAGAAUUCUAGUUCACAAAAAGGAAUCAGAAGUUAAAUUUUUCACGAGAAAGGGCAUUGACUACACGAACAUUUAUGGACCAAAAUUUGCUCCCAUCAUUGUGAAAAACGUGAAAGCAAAAGUUUGUAUUUUAGAUGGAGAAUUCUUGAUAUGGAAUCGCGAAUUGGAGGCAUUUAAGGAAUUCGGGCAUAACCGUACACAUGCACUAAGUGACACCAGCGAAUCGAACGAACAAUUUUGUUACAUGGUAUUCGAUAUUGUUUAUCUCAAAGAUCGUGAUAUUACUCAAUAUGCAUUACAGAAAAGAAGAGCCUAUUUGGAGAGCGUGAUUAAUCCUGUCGGUCAUGUUUUAGAAAUUGUGCCACAAAAACCAGUCACCUCAGAGAAGGAAGUUUAUGAACAGUUAGAUCAAGCCAUUCUUAACAGAGAUGAAGGAAUCAUGCUUAAGGGGCUGAGUGGAACGUAUGUACCUGGAGAACGAAAAUGGAUGAAGCUAAAGCCUGACAGCGUCGAUGGAAUGGGAGAGACUCUUGAUUUAAUUAUUAUUGGAGGAUUCUACGGCACAAAAUUCAAGAGAAAAUCUGUGUCUCACUUUCUCUUAGCAGUGGCCACCAAAUCCAAGCAUACAUAUUCCAAGACUGACGGGUUUGAAAAUUUGGAUGACGAUCUAUUGGUCAACGAUGAAACUCAAGUAUUUCAUUCUUUUUGUAAGGUAGGAAGUGGAUAUUCCAAUUCUGAAUUGUUGGCUCUUCAAAAAGAGUUGGAGCCCCACUGGAAACCAUUCGACAAGACCAAAUUACCAAAAUUUUACGGCUCAUGGAUUCCUGGAGCAGGUGAAUUGCCAGAUGUGUACAUUGAACCAAAAAAUUCCAAAAUUCUGGAAAUUAAGGGUUAUUCAUUUCAAGACAGCACCAAGUUCAAAACAGGCAUUACCCUUCGUUUUCCAAGAGUUGUAUCCAUCAGAAAUGAUAAAGACUGGAAUGAUUGUCUUGAUUUACCUGGGCUUGAAGAAAUGAUAGAAUUAUCUAAAAACGGCAUCAACAAGAGAAAGGCUGCAAAUAUGGAUUCAGUCAUUUCUCACAACGAUGUAAAGAAACAAAAGAGGAAGAAGAAUGCAACCACAACCGUUCAGAAUAGUGACGGGACUCUUAUGGAGGUGGCUGUUUCAGCAAAAAAUCGACGACCGACUGCUGCUGUUUCACAAUUUUUCGAUCAUGACAUGUCAAAACUCGAAAAGACAUCAACUUUGUUUAAGGGCAUGCAAUUUGUGGUUUUUAAUGGUGAUGAAAAUGUUUCAAAAUAUGAAAUUGAAAAGCUAAUUGUUUCAAACGGAGGCUCUAAAGUACAAAAUCCUAACGAUCAUGAAAAUCAAUACCUCAUUGCAGCUAAUACCAAUAACAUCACUGUGAAAAAUUGGAUUGCUUCGUCGAAGGAAAAGAAGAACCCGCUUGGAGAUCGUGACAUUAUUCACUACAAAUGGAUUAUAGAUUCUGUAUCCCAAAGUUCAAUUCAAAGACUGCAUCCAGGAUACAUGAUUUACACUUCAGAAAGGACACAAUAUUCAUUCAAAGAGCAAAUGGACGAAUUUCAAGACGAGUACUUGUUUGAUGCAACCGAAGAAUCGAUUAAGGUAUCAUUGCAGCUCACUAAAAAUUCUCGUGAAUUUAUGAUAGCAGAUUCAGAUAUUAUUGAAACCAUCAACGCACGAUAUAACAUUAAGACUUCAACUUCGUUCUUUAAAGGAAUUCGAGCAUAUAUUGACAAGUUUGUAAAGAUUGGAGAUGCAUCUUCGGGCAUUGCAAUAUUGGGAAUGGAAACUUUGGAAGUGUUCAUCUCCUUAUAUGGAGGAUCUGUCAGCGAACGAUUAGAUUCAUCUGUGACUCACAUUGUGUACGAUGAAGAUGAUACUUCUCGGCUCCGAACACUCAAAAGAGUUGCCACAAAGGAGGGCUUGUUUCUAGUUCCAAGAGAGUGGAUCAUGAGUUGUGUUCAAGCCAAAAAAUUACAAGCCAUUCCAACAAUGAAUUAA